CUCGGCCAGCGCCCGCGCCAGUGGGCGCAGCAGGAGCCGCGAGCGCAGCGGCCGUCGGCCCCGCGGCGCCGCGAGCGCCCCCAGGCGCCGGGGGAGCUCGGGCGCGGCGGCGUCCAGGGCGCCUGGCGAGGGGGCAGCAGCGAGGGAGCCCCAGGUGGGCAACAGCGCAUCGAGCUGGGACGUUCGGCCAGCCAUGGGGGAGGCGCGGCAGGAGCAGCUGCUCGCGUCGUCGCGCACGGGGUUCGUGAAUCCCAAGAAGUCCCGCGAGGUCUACCUCGGGAACCUGGAGAGGACGAUCACGGUGGAGAGGGUCCGCCGAGCUCUGCUCACGCUCUUCAGCGAGCUGCCGGCGUACGUGGCCACGUACCCCGACAUCUCCAGCCCCCUAGUCCACAUCACGCUGCACGUCGCUGGGAUGGGCGCGUAUGCCUUCGCGGAGUUCUUCGACAGCAGGCUGGCGAGCACCGCGAUCCAGUUCAGCGGUCUCACGCUGCACGGCAAGGUGCUGAGCGUCAGGCGGCCCCAGGGCUACGUGGUCCCACCGCAGGGGGAGGCGGCACCGCUGGACGUGGGACCUCUGCGCGUGCGGGGCCUGCUGCCCGCAGCACCGUCCAACGCGGUCUCUGUGGCGAACGACGGUAAGCAGCGCGAGCUGUUCUUUGGCAACCUGCCCCCCGGCAAGGUCACCGCCGAGGUGAUCUUGAGGCUGGUCAAUCCCGUCCUCGAGAAGCUUCCAGAAUGGCGGCCGCAGGAGGGAAACCCGAUCACGAACAUCGACAUGGUCCCAAAUGGCACGUACGCCUUCGUUCAGUUCCAGAGCGUCAGGCUGGCGUGCAAGGUGAUAGAGAUCUUCGACGGCCAGGAGCUGUUCGGAAACAGGAUGAGGGUGAGGCACACCGAGAAGGGCUUGCCGGCAUGGCACGCGAGCACCCGCGGCCCCAUCGCAGUGGUGCAGCCAGCGCGGGCCGAGGUGACGCAGGCGGCGGCGGCCCAGGGCGGCGCUGUCCUGGCAGCGCCGUUCACAAUGCCACCGCCGCCGCCUGGUGGGCCGCCGCCCGUGUCCCCGAGGCCGCCCGUGCCCCAGGCGCCCCCCGCGCCGCCCGAGGUGCAGUGGCUCGGGGAGCAGCAGCUGCUGCAGCAGUCGCUCGCUCUCGCGGCCCCAGCCGCCGGGCCCCCCGCGCCGGCGGCGCCGCCGGCGGCGGCGGCGGCGCCGACCGCAGAGGCGGCGGCGAGGGAGGCGAAGGACGGCGGCAUGCUGAUGUGAAGCGCCGCCGCGGGCCGCACCCGCCGAAGAGCGCCGUUGGGAUUUGAUGAUCGACAUGGGUGAGGAGGAGACAGGAAGGGGCCCGGGGCAGCUAGCACCAGCGCGCAGACUGUAGUUCUGCGCACCCGCGCGCGCGCCAGCACCAGGGGGUGCUGAGCGGGCGCGCUAUCGCCAGGGGGUGCGGCUCGAGAAUGUUUUCAGACCAGCGCGGUGCCGGAGGGAUGCGCGCGGCGUUGACAUGAUCAUCCAGUCGUGGAUCAGUUGUUGCAUCACCCUCCACCGCGCGUGCGGCCCUCUUUCUCCCGAACCUCAUCCCGCU